CUCACGAAAUAAACAAAUUGGGGUCCUUCCUUUCUUGCAAUAGGCUAGCUGCCGAAACGGUAUUACGAGUCACAUUGUUCUACAUAACUGUGGUAAAUUGUCCAAAAACAACACCAAUAUAUCAGGAUUAGAGUGUCUGGGGAAUGUUGAUCAUAUCAAAGUUUGGUUUGGUGUGGUUAUUGACGCCCUAACUGGCCCUGUACUUCUGGUUUUGAACGUCGAAGGGUGUGUUUUUCGGCCGCCGUCAACGUUAGCGUUAGCACAGCAAUUCAAGCUAACGCUAGUCUUCCAACCCACGUAAUUCCGGUUUUUAGCCAAAUAAAAUAAGAGGGAGGCGUUGAUGAGCAGUAAUGUCUGGCAUCGCUCUUAGCAGACUGUCCCAGGAGCGCAAAGCCUGGAGAAAAGACCAUCCAUUUGGUUUUGUUGCCGUGCCCACUAAGAACCCUGAUGGGACCAUGAAUCUGAUGAACUGGGAGUGUGCCAUUCCAGGGAAGAAAGGAACCUUGUGGGAGGGAGGACUCUACAAACUCAGAAUGCUGUUCAAAGAUGACUACCCUUCCUCACCACCCAAAUGCAAGUUUGAGCCACCAAUAUUCCACCCGAAUGUCUACCCAUCAGGCACUGUGUGUCUGUCGAUCCUGGAGGAGGACAAAGAUUGGAGGCCUGCCAUCACCAUCAAACAGAUCCUGCUGGGUAUCCAGGAGCUGCUGAACGAGCCCAACAUUCAAGACCCAGCACAAGCAGAGGCUUACACAAUUUACUGUCAGAACAGGAUGGACUAUGAGAAGCGGGUAAGGGCACAGGCCAAGAAGUUUGCCCCCACAUAGAGAGGACAGCUGGCCUCUAUCCCACCUGAGCAGCCUGAACUGAUGAAGGUUACACACAGGAGGCAGGCAGCGCCUGAAGGACCACUCCAAUAAGAAUCCAGUUUUGAGUAUUAUUACAGUAUACUACUACACAGAUGACAAGUGAGCCUGUUUUUCUUUUUUUUCUUUCUGUCUGUCUUUCUUUCUUUUGUAAACAAGGAAAGUUCAAUAAGAUCAAAAAUUUGUACCUGUCUUCAAGAAAUAUUUAUGCAUUUUUAAUGCAUAGCUGAUGAUCCUUAAAGUCUGGUGUCAACACGACCUUUGCUAUCUGUAACUCUUGUAUAAUCCAUAUCUACAGAUUUGUCAUGAGUGCUGCUACGCUCGCUCAUGUCUCCAUUAAAACAGUAGGUCAUGCUUAUGUAUCAACAGAGCUGUAGAAAUAAGAUGUCAUGUCAUAAACACUCUGUGUAAUGUUCAGACGGUCGUGGCAGAGGAGGAGAUUGAUUCUGAACCUUCCACGUUCAGUAUUGUAGAUAGUUCUUCAUGAAUAUUGGCAUGAAGUGAGACAAAGCAGUCAGACGUACAAUGGAAGUCCACCCCCUGCUGUGCUCCUGAUCCCUCAUUCGUUUCCUAUCACAUAUCCGUCACGUCCAAGUUUCCAGAAAGCAAUCGAAAAAUUACGAUCAACACAUCAAAUUCAGGUUAAAAGACAAUCCUGGUAUUCUAAGUAAACUGUGGCGGUUAUGUAGAUAAGAACUGAUCCUCUGUCCACCUUAGAGAAAGCAAGAGUGGAAAAUGGGACCCAUCAGUCAGAUUAGUGCUUUGAUUCCUCAACGUCAAAACCAUCCUGUAUUGCAGUGGAGAGAGGAUAACUUUAACCCCGUGUCUACACCGCAAGUGUAUCAGACUCUUUGACUUUAUUGUUGAUGAUGGCGCUUUUUUUCUUAAGUCUGUAUAUUAUCAUCCUCAUCUCAACGGUGCAGUAUGUAUGAAUUCUCCAGCUGUCGAAAGCAUUCUUUAAACAAAUAGAGGGCAGCGCAUCACUUGAGUAACUGCUGCUAACUAUAGCUGCCAUAAGUUAGCGUAGUUAGCCAUUGCAGCUAGCAGUGUGGUUUGAGAGCUAAAAGCACUGCAGAAGUGUUGUCGUUUACACCGCAAGCACAGGAGCUUUGGACCGGUACUGGCUGAGGCUAGAUGUUCGCAUGCUAACUUCAGUAGGUGCAAUAGAAAAAACAAUAGACCUCACAAUGUCAAAGCUGUGACUUCUCAUUCUGUUGUUAAUUCUGUUGUUUUUUUUUUUAAUGUUUUCAACUAAAAUUCUUGCAUAUUGCACCUUGAAUGUGUAAAGCACUUCAGUUUUUAAAAGUGGCAUACAAAUAAAGUUAUUUUUACUAUCAUUGAUAUAUAUUUGAGUAUCUAAAUGAAAACAAUGAAUGAUAACCAGUUGAAAUUAUAAGCGUCAAAUUACGAAGUGGCAGUGCUGAUGGAAGAAUAGAUCAGGAAGACGCACGUCAAAGGAAAAGCUGCUUCUUCAGUCGCGUCUGUCACAGAACGUCGCCAUGCUAGUGUGACGCUUGCAGUAUAGACACGGGUUUAGCAUUAAGCUUCUUGUAUUGAAUCCAGCUGGAAGUGAAAAGUGAGCUUCAUGUACAAUUCAACACCAGCACGUCACCUGCCGCCCCCCAAAAAAUGUUCAGUUCGAGAUAAAGACGUUUCACAGUAAAAGUCACAAACUGUUGCCGCGUGUUUGUUUUGGCUCUCGAUCAGUAUAGAAUAGCAUACCAUCACUUUAAGUCAUUUUAUCUCACACCGCUUACAAAAUGAAUACAAACCUGUAAGAAAUGAAACGGCUGUUUAAUUCAAGCGGAGCAGAAGCUGAAGGAUCCUCAUUGGAAUGGCCUCUCAACCAGCAAGGAAGACGGAUAGAGAGUGCACUUGAGAGUUCUGCGAAGGCCUGAGAUUUUUUUGCCUUUGAAUAUCUGAGUGCAUGUACAUAAUAUAAAUACUGAAAAAUUGUGGAAGUUAUGUUUUAUAUUGUUUUAGCCAGUUGACAUUUGUGUGUGGUAUUAUAACAAAGAACACAAUAAAUGGCAUAAAAUUGUGAAAUAAAGUUGAAUAAAAGAACAAAAAA